AGCGCAUAUACACAUACCAAUGACUACAAUAUUGGAGCUUUAAUGAACAGUAUUUUCCGAUUAAACCUCAAUAAAUCAAUAUAAAAAAAUUAAAAUACCUUCCGGAUGGUUGUGAAGGAGCAGUGAUUUACUCCAGGAUACCUCACAACCUAAAAUUAAUUCGAAAUUAAAUAGGAUAUCGAAUUUAUAUGGAUCGUUCUUUCAUGAAUUCGCGUCAAAAUCGUCUUCAAACAGGUAUCAUUUUCAUUGUUCAAACUAAGGGCAGCUUGAGAGAAUAUAAAUACAGCCAGUAUUGUAUCAAUUCUUCAUUCGUUCGCAGGGUUUCGAUUAGUUGCGUUCUAUUGUUACGAAAUCGUGAAAAAAAAACAUAUCUAGUUCCCCAAUCUGAUCGUAGGGACUGUUCCUUCUUUAAAAAAAACCAUAACUUUCAAUCCCAACUCAUCAACCUAUCAUACCACUUGUAUCUAAAAUGUUCAACAUAGAGAAUUGUCUUCGACUAAUAAAGUCGUUAGUGGCUUUAUUUAUCACUACAUCUGAUAAUGAGCAUGCAAUAAAAGGUAUAAAGGAAUGUACGAGAGCAAUAAGAAAACUGUAUCGGGAAUUGCCAGGUUGUACUUCAAUUGGAGGAAAACAGCAACUCGAAGCUCAGAUCCGUUCUAUAAAAUCAUUGAAACAACAAUUCAAACAACAACAACAACGAAUUGGUGCAGGUCUGAGUAGACGAAAGGAAACUGCUUGGAACAGAGUCCAUUGGAAUGAUUCAUUAUCAGCAUUCGACUCGAGAAUAAGAACAGGUGUGAUUAGUAACCUGAAACAUAAGGAGCCUAAGGAUUUUUUGAUGGACUGCGAAGCUAUAUUUCGUCGAAGAAUUCUGAAUGCAUUGAAGAAGGAUGAAGCUGUUAAGGUCAAUAUGGUUUUUUGUGGAGAGUUUCAGAUUAUGACAGCCAAUAAAAUUCAAAAGGAAUAUAAGUACUUCACAACAUCCAAUUCACCUAUUUACCGAGACACGAAUAUUACUGAAUGGUUCAAUAUAAAUGUUUUGGUAUCAAUUCUCAAAGAUCUUGAGGAAUUCCAAGAACGUGAUAGCGGAUGGGCUCUGGUUAAUGUUGUUAACCUAGGGGUGAAUAUAAACAAGUUCACACCCCAACUUGGAAGCUCAUACAUAGAACUUCCUCCUCAAAUAAAACGGAAAGAGGCUUGUAUCAAUGUGAAAAACGACGAUGAAGCAUGUUUCGCAUGGUCUGUGAUGGCUGCAUUACACCCUGUUGAGAAGGACCCCCAACGAUUAUCCAAAUAUCCUCAUUAUUCCAAAAUUUUGAAGUUGAAAGGUAUUCAAUUUCCGAUGACAAUGAAACAGAUACCCAACUUUGAAAAACAAAACCAGAUAUCCAUUAAUGUUUAUAUUCUGAAAAAGGAAAAGAAGAACUUCACUACAUUGCCAACAUACCUAACAAAAAUUAAAAUGAAUAGACAUAUCAACUUACUCCUUAUACAAGAUCACUAUUCAAACGAUGAUACUCCAGUGCGAUACCAUUAUGUAUGGAUCAAAAAUCUCUCUCGUCUGGUAUCGAGUCAAUUGAGCAAGGAACAUGGACAGAAAUUUAUAUGUGAUAGAUGUCUCCGGUACUUACGAUCUGAAGAAAAACUAAAAAGUCAUUCAGAGGAUUGUGGAAACAUGAAUGAAACAGCUAUAAAGCUGCCUGAGAUAGGAAACAAUACACUCAAGUUCAAAAAUCAUAAAAACAAGGAGAAGGUACCUUUUAUUAUUUAUGCAGAUCUGGAGAGCAUACUAAAACCUACUAACACUAAAAACAACUAUCAAGAACAUAAAGCUGCAGCUGUAGGAUACUAUGUAAAGUGUUCAUAUGAUGAUUCUCUGAGUUUUUAUCGUUCUCAUCGAGGUCCCAAUUGCAUGAAAUGGUUUGCAGAUGAGAUGAAUCAAUUUGCUGGAGACGUUGACUCAGUUUUCUUAUGUCCCUACGACAUCGAUAUGACGCCAAAACAGGAAGUCGAAUUUCGGAAGGCAACUCACUGUCAUAUUUGUGAAGAAAUGUUCAAACCUGAAGAUAAAAAAGUAAGAGAUCAUAAUCAUCUUAUCCCCGAAAAGAAUUACCGUGGAGCAGCACAUGAGGGGUGUAAUAUAAAUUAUAAGGAUAGUCACAUGAUUCCUGUAGUAUUUCACAACCUGAGUGGAUAUGACGCUAAUUUUCUGAUACAAGAUAUUGCCACAAGAAUGGAAGGGAAAAUCGAUUUGUUACCGAUAACUAAGGAGAAAUAUAUCAGUUUCACCAAACACUAUGAUGAUUAUCACAUUAAUUUCCGAUUCAUUGAUAGUUUCCGAUUCAUGGCUUGCUCUUUAGACAAACUAGCGUCCUAUUUAGAAGAGUUUCCGAACUUGAAAUCACAAUUUCCUGAGGAAUCUGAAGAACAUAUCAGUCUUCUUACGAACAAAGGAGUAAUGCCAUAUGAUUAUAUCGAUUCCUAUGACCGAUUCGAUGAAACUUCUCUUCCACCUAUUGAAGCAUUCUAUAACAAAUUGGAUUGUAGGAAAUGUCCACGAAGAAGAUAUAAGAGAGCACAACUUGUGUGGAAUAAAUUCAAAUGUCAGAAUUUGGGCGAAUACAGCGAUCUCUACAUGAAAACUGACAUUCUAUUGCUGGCUGACGUAUUUGAACAAUUUCGAUCGAGCUGCCAUAAGACUUAUGGAUUAGAUCCUGCGCAUUAUUUUACUUUACCAGGAUAUACGUGGGAUGCUAUGUUGAAAUAUACAAAACAGGAAUUAGAACUUCUCACAGAUGUUGAUAUGUUUUUGUUUGUUGAAAGAGGAAUUCGGGGCGGCCUUAGUCAAGUAUGUGGUAAACGACGAGCACAUGCGAACAACAAGUAUAUACCAAACUAUGAUUCAACUAAACCAGAAAAUUACCUCAUGUACUUUGAUGUCAACAAUCAAUAUGGAUGGGCAAUGUCACAAUGUCUACCAUACGGCGGUUUUACGUGGACCGAUACAAAUAUAAAUGUCUUGCAAAUUCCUGAUGAUGCUCCCGAGGGUUAUAUUUUAGAAGUCGAUCUCGAAUAUCCUAGAGAAUUGCAUGAUGUGCACAAAGAUCUUCCAUUCUGUCCAGAACAUUACAACUCUAAAACUCAAACACCUUGUUAUGCAUCUCAGCAAAACGCUAAACUUAUGGCCACAUUACAUCAAAAGAAGAAAUAUAUCAUCCACUACAGAAAUCUGAAGCAAGCAUUGAAGAAUGGAUUGAUUAUAACAAAAAUACAUCGAGUGCUCAAGUUCAAGCAAUCUACAUGGCUCAAGUCUUACAUCGACCUCAAUACGGAUCUGAGAAAGAAUGCCGAAAAUGAGUUCGAGAAGAAUCUCUUCAAACUGAUGAACAACGCUGUUUUUGGAAAAACGAUGGAGAAUAUUCGGAAAAGGGUUAAUGUCCACCUUCUAACAAAAUGGAAAGGACGAUAUGGGGCGGAAACUUUUAUCUCCAAACCUGAAUUCAAGAACUCUGUUAUUUUCAAUGAGAACUUUGUAGCUGUUGAAAUGCGAAAGCUGCAGAUCUAUUUGAACAAGCCAAUUUAUGUGGGAAUGAGUAUCUUGGAUUUGGCUAAAACUACUAUUUAUGACUUCCAUUACCACUACAUGAAUGAAGCUUUCAGUGCUGGCUGUACCAUCUUAUACACAGAUACCGAUUCUCUCAUUUAUGAGGUCUCUGAAGAUCCUUAUGAAAGAAUGAAACUUGACUGUUAUGAAAGAUUUGAUACCUCAGAUUAUCUCAAGAAUAAUACUUACGGUAUUCCUCAAGUUAAUAAAAAGGUAUUAGGAAUGAUGAAGGAUGAAAACAAUGGAAUACCUAUGACCGAUUAUGUUGGUCUCAGAUCUAAACUGUAUGCUGUGAAAACUUCUAAGGAUGAUCUGAAUGUGAAAAAACAACGAUGGGUGGAAGAAGAGUAUGAAGCUGAUGAAAUUGAAUCCAUGUGUCGAAAUUAUGGUACCACCAAGAAAGCUAAGGGUAUUAAAAAAUCAAUCGUUAAGAACAGAAUAUGUUUCGAUGAUUACAUUGAAUGUUUAGAAACAUGGAAACAUAAAAUUAUUUCUCAAAAUUUGAUUCAGGCGAAGGAACAUCAUGUGUAUUCACUGACACAGGAAAAAAUAGCUUUAAGUCCUGAAGACGAUAAACGAUGUUUGGUGCCCGGAACAUUCAACACUGUACCGUGGGGUCAUUAUUCACUCAAUAAACGCAAGAUUGAGGAAUAUGAUGAACCAAGGAAGAAGAUUUCAAUGUUGGAAAAAUUGUUGACUAUGUGA